AUGGCUACCACAACUCCUUUCCAGACCCUUUUCGCAGUGCCUAUGACCUGCGAUGGGUGUGCCAAAGACAUCACAAACGCCUUGUACAAGCUUCCUGGUAUCCUCAAGGUCGAAACCAACGUGAAGGAUCAGUUGGUUUCUAUCGAGGGAACAGCUGCGCCCUCGGCUAUCGUGAAGGCGAUCCAAGAUACCGGGAGGGAUGCCAUCUUACGAGGCUCGGGGACCUCAAACAGUGCCGCAGUAAGCAUACUAGAGACCUACCAUCACGGCGCAGAUGAACAAGCAGACUCCUCAGCCGGGGCCGAGCUCACCCCCAACGGCAUCUGGGUAAACAAGCGCCUGGUCCGGGGCCUGGCACGCAUGGUCCAGGUCAGCCCAACAGAGACCCUGGUCGACUUGACCGUCCGCGGUGUCCCUCCAGGCACCUACCGGGCCACAAUUCGGCAGACUGGCAACCUCACGGACGGAGUGACGUCCACGGGACCGGUGUGGUCAUCACUUGCGCCAGAUCAGGAAGUCACGAACGGUGACAGCCAAAAGCAGAGCACCCCGCGCGGCUUCCUAGGUACCGUGGAGGUUGGCCCGAACGGGUACGGCACCGUGUUCUUGAACAAGCCGUUCCAGGUGUGGGAGGUGAUUGGCCGGGCGUUGGUGGUAUCACGGCAGGAAGAGCAUGGUCAGGAGGGGUUGCAGAAUUCGGAGGAUACCGUUGUUGGUGUCAUCGCACGUAGCGCGGGUGUGUGGGAUAACGACAAGACAGUGUGCUCAUGCACGGGCAAGACUCUGUGGGAGGAGAGGAGGGAUGAGGUCAAGAAGGGGAUGCUGUGA